AUGGAGCGUCUCCAGGUGUGGGGAUUCUUCAGCCUCAUUGUUGUCACCGCCGCCCAGAGCACAGCACACAGCUCGGCCCCUCGGCCCUCCUACCUGCUGCUGGCUCCCAGAUUCCUUCGUCCUGGAGUCCCACCGUCAGUGUCGGUCACCAUCCUUACCACCUCAUCCGUCCUCGUGUCUGCUCACAUUGUUCAUGGCAACCAGACCGUGGCCUCUAAAUCAGUCACAGCUGAAGGAGGCUCGACUAAGCUGCUGACUUUGCCACCGAUCCACGAGAGCGAGUCCAGCUACUGGCAUCCCUACAGCCUGGAGGUCAGAGGUCACGUGGGUGGCAUCCAAGUUUUCUCCAACUCAACAGACCUGUACUUUGACCCCAAAGGCCUCUCCACCUUCAUCCAAACAGACAAAGUGAACUAUCUGCCCGGGCAGGUGGUGAAGAUCAGAGCGGUGUCCAUUCACCCCGAUGGGAAACCUUACAUCAGCCCGGUGAACAUCAUCAUCAGAGAUCCGAGGGGAAACCUGAUCAGACAGUGGCUGUCUGAGGACAGUGUCCUCGGGGUCGUGAACAAAGAGUUUCAGCUGUCUGAAAACCCUCCUCUGGGUGAAUGGACCAUUGUCUCUACCGUCAGUGGAGUUUCAAGUCAGAAGCAUUUCCACGUGGCUCAUUAUGUGCUGCCGAAGUUUGAGGUCGUGAUAGAUGCUCCGGAUGCCAUUUUUCAUAAGGACACUCUGUGGGGCUCCGUCACAGCAAAGUACUUGUAUGGGAAACCUGUGCGGGGAAACAUGAACAUAACAUUCCUUCAUCAUUUUCAUGGUAUUGUAGAGACUUAUGAAGAAAACAGAGAGAUCGACGGCACCGCAGACUUCACGUUUGACGUUCCUGACUACCAUCACAUGGGCAAAAGAGCUUUAGAGAUGAUCUUUAAUGAAGGAUACAUGAAUGAAUUCCUAACCAUUGUGGUUAAUGUGACUGAACAUCUCACAGGUCUCACAUACAACAGUAAGGCAAAGGUAUCACUGACGAAACACAAAUAUGAACUUUCCUUUGACGGCUAUCCCAAAAUACUGAGGCCCUCAUUAAAGUUCAUUGCCAGGCUGAAAAUUUCUACAUACAACAAUCAGCCGCUGUCACUGGAAGAUCAGCGGAAGACCGUUCAAGUGUCCGUGACACAACGAAAGCAAAGUCCAUGGAGUUGGAAAAUCGACAGUGUACAAGAAAUGAUGCCUCGUGCGUCAAACACAACAGGUCCAUCAGGAACGCGUCCACGUCCAGAGGAGAUGCCGCCUAAAGAAAUGGAGUUUCCCAUCCCUGCAGACGGAAUCAUACCCCUCUACAUCCAGGUCAUGAAUGAAACUGAAACUCUCACCAUUGAUGCUUCUUUUGAGGACAGCCAAAGUACUCUGCAGCUCUACAGAAGCUACACAUCACCCAGUCACUCCUACCUGCAGAUUCAGAAACCCACCAAAUCUCCAGAGGUUGGUUCACCUGUCAUGCUUCGCAUUGAGAGGAAUUUUCCAAUGACUGAGAUUCACUACAUAGUGAAGUCCAGAGGUCAGGUGGUUUCCGCUGGGAAAAGCUCUGGUGAUCUCACACUGGUUCCGGAAAUCUCCUGGGCUCCUUUGGCCUGCAUCAUCGUCUACUGUGUGCACGCUAACGGAGAGAUCGUCAACGAUGUGCUCCAGCUGCCCAUCACCCAAACUUUACAAAACCAGGUGUCUCUGAACUGGAGCAACACUAUGAGGAGGCCGGGUGACGAGGUCACACUGAGGGUCACGGUGGCGGAGCCUGGCUCUCUGGUCGGGAUCCUGGUGGUCGACAAGGCGACGCAGGCUUCAGGGUCACACAACGACAUCACUGAGGAGAGGGUGCUGGAGGAGAUGAUGGAGUACAGCAUUCCCAUGGCUGACGCCUACUCGGACAUUCUGACAAUGGGAGAUCCAUACUCUGUCUUCAAGACAUGUGGUCUCGUGGCGAUGACUGAUGCCUCUUUACUCAUGAUGGACGAUCUACUGAGGCCUGUAUUUCCAGGGGAGGGAAUAUAUACCCUGUCCCAGACAGACGACCCACAUCUACAUCAACAACAGGAGCCACGAGAGCGCUGGAACUUUCCAGAGACCUGGAUUUGGGUGGAUACCAACACAAGUAAUUCAGACACAACAGCGUUAACUCUAACUGUACCAGACAGCAUCACAACCUGGACAGCCACCGCCUUCGUCAUGUCUGAGAACCUGGGUCUGGGCGUCGUCGAGAGGCCUGCAGAGCUCACAGUGUUCCAGGAUUUCUUCCUGUCCUUGAAUCUGCCGGCCUUCAUCAUCCGAGGAGAGGAGCUGCUGCUGGAGAUCGUCCUGUUCAACUACCUCCCACAGGCCCUGGAGGUCAUGGUGAUUGUAGCCCAGAGUGACACCUUUGAGUUUGUCUUCCCGGACAAUGAGGAGCUCUCCAUGCCCAGUGUUCGUCAGGUGUCUGUGGGGAGCCAGAGCGGGACGUCCGUCCUCAUUCCCAUCAAGCCGCUGGUCCUCGGAGAAAUCCCCAUCUCUGUGAAAGCUGUGUCCUCCACGGCGUCCGACUUCGUCCGCACGACGGUGCUCGUCAAGGCUGAAGGACUCGAGCAGUCGUUCUCCACCUCACUGCUGUUUGAGGUUUCUGCAUCACAGCCGAGCCUUUCCAGAAACGUCACGUUCACCUUCCCAGCAUAUGUUGUGGCGGGCAGCGCGAGAGCUUCGGUGACGGCCGUUGGUGACAUCCUCGGCCCGUCCAUCAGCGGCCUGGACUCUCUGAUCCAGAUGCCUCACGGCUGUGGUGAACAGAACAUGAUCAACUUUGCUCCAAACAUCUACGUCCUCCAGUAUCUGAGGGCUACGGGACAGGCUGACCAGGAGACCACAGACAGGGCCAAAGACUACAUGAUGAAAGGGUAUGAGCGAGAGCUGUCCUAUCAGAGAGUGGACAGCUCCUUCAGUGCGUUCGGAGACCAGGACUCAUCUGGAAGCACCUGGCUGACUGCUUUCGUGCUGAGGUGUUUCCUGCAGGCGCGGCCGUUCAUCAGCAUCGACGCCCACGUGCUGCACGGAGCGGCGUCCUGGUUGGGAUCCCAGCAAGGGGCUGACGGGAGGUUCGAGGAGCCCGGCCGGGUGAUCCACACCGAGCUCCAAGGAGGCCUGGACGGCCCCGUCUCCCUCACAGCCUACGUCCUCAUCGCCCUGCUGGAGGACAGUGAGAUCAGGGCUCAGUAUGAGAGCCAGGUGUCCGCGGCCCUGGUCUUCCUGGAGACCCGUCUGGCUCUGGGAGUCCCCAGUAACUACAGCCUCAGCCUGCUCAGCUAUGCUCUGGCUCUGGCCGGCAGCUCCAACGCCAACACGGCUCUCAGCAAACUGAUUGGACGAGCUGAGAUGAGAGAUGGCGUGCCGAUGUGGUCCUCCCCAGACGCCGGCCUGUCAUCGUCGUGGCAGCCUCGCUCGGCAGACAUUGAGAUGGCGUCCUACGUGCUGCUCUCUCUGCAUAAACUGGGCCACGUCACGGAGGGCCUCAGCCUCAUGAAGUGGCUCAGUCAGCAGCGUAACCACAGAGGAGGGUUUGGAAGCACUCAGGACACAGUCGUGGCUCUGCAGGCUCUGUCCACAUACGCAGCCUUUGGCACGUCUCACGACUUCGACCUCACCAUCAGGGUGAACACCGAUCCCUCAACCAGCGUCGCCUCCUUCCACAUCCACCAGAGCAACUACCUGCUGCAGCAGAGUCAGCAGAUCGAGCCGGAGGAGGAGCUGGACCUCCAGGUGACCGCAGUGGGCCGUGGACUCGCUCUGUUUCAGCUGAACGUGUUUUACAACGUCAGGAACGUGGAGCUGAUGAGGAGGAGACGACGCGCCGACCAACACGAAGCGUUUCACCUGUACGUCGAGCUGUUUGACACAGAAAUGGACUCAGCACAUCUGUACAUCUGCACCAGCCUGUCAGAGGAUCUGGGCCUGAGUUCGACGGGCAUGGCCAUCCUGGAGGUUGGUCUGCUGAGUGGCUUCAGUCUGCCGGUGGUCGGCAUCCAGGCUGAAGGGGUCAUAAAGAAAGUGGAGACACAGCCGGGGAAAAUCAUCCUGUACCUGGACUCUGUGACGACAGAUGAGCUGUGUCUUCUGAUUCCUCUGGUCAUGGAGUACAAAGUCGCCAAAGUCCAGGAGGCAGCUGUUCUCAUCUAUGAUUAUUAUGAACCAAGACGCAGGACGGUGAGGACGUAUAAAUCAGAGUGGAGGAGUGACAUGUCCACCUGCUCCUUCUGUGGUGAGGACUGCAGCGAGUGCAGAGUGGACAGCUAUUACGAGCUCAGUGCUGCAUCGCACAGCGGCCAAAACGUCCUGCUGACCACUGUACCACCUGCUCUGCUCCUCCUCUUCAUCAUCAGCGUCAGCGUGUAA